AUGAUGGGGAUGAUGGAGGAGAUGUGGAUGAUUGGGGUGAUGGGGAUGAUGGGGUUGAUGAUGAUGGGGGAUGAUAGGGGUGAUGGGGAUGAAGAGGGUGAUGGGGAUGAAGGGGGUGAUGGGGAUGAUGGGGAUGGUGGAGAUGAUGGGGAUGACAGGUGUGAUGGGGAUGAUGGAUAUGAUGGGGGUGAUGGGGAUGAUAGGGAUGAUUGGGUUGAUGGGGAUAAAGGGAGUUAUGGGGGUGAUGUGGAUGAUGGGGAUGAGGGAGAUGAUGGGGAUGAAGGGGGUGAUGGGGAUGAUGGGGAUGAUGGGUGUAAUGGGGAUGAUAGGAAUGAUGGAGAUGAUGGAUUUGAUGGGGAUGAUGGGGAUGAUUGGGUUGAUGUGGAUGUUGGGGGUGAUGGGGAUAAAGGGGAUGAUGGGGAUGAUGGAUAUGAUGGGUGUGAUGGAGAUGAUGGGUAUGAGGGGGGUGAUGUGGAUGAUGGAGACGAUGGGGAUGAUGUGGAUGGUGUGGAUGAUGGAGAUGAUGAAGAUGAAGGGGAUGAUGGGGAUGAUGGAGAUGAGGGGAAUGAAGGGGGUGAUAGGGCUGAUGGAGAUGAUGGAGAUGAUGGUGAUGAAGGGGGUGAUGGGGAUGAUGGAGAUGAUGGAGAUGAUCGAGCUGAUGGAGAUGAUGAGGAUGAUGGGGUGUAUGGGUAUGAUGGGCAUGAUGGGGGUGAUGGGGAUGAUGGGGGUGAUGUGGAUGUUGGGGGUGAUGGGGAUAAAGCGUGUGAUGGGGAUGAUGUGGAUGAUGUGGAUGAUGGAGAUGAUAAAGAUGAUGGGGAUGAUGGGUGUGAUGGAGAUGAUGGGGAUGAGGGGGUGAUGUGGAUGAUGGAGACGAUGGGGAUGAUGUGGAUGAUGGAGAUGAUGAAGAUGAUGGGGGGUGAUGGAGAUAAUGGAGACCAUGGGGUUGAUGGAUAUGAUGGGGAUGUUGGGGGUGAUGGGGAUAAAGGGGAUGAUGGAGAUGAUGGAUAUGAUGGGGGUGAUGGGGAUGAUAGGGAUGAUGGGGUUGAUGGGGAUAAAGAGGGUAAUGGGGGUGAUGUGGAUGAUGGGGAUGAUGGAGAUGAUGGAGAUGAUGGGGGUGAUGGGGAUGAAGGGGCUCAUGAAGAUGAUGGGGAUUAUGGAGAUGAUGGAGAUGAUGGGGAUGAAGGGGGUAAUGGGGGUGAUGGAGAUGAUGGGGAUGACGGGGGUGAUGGGGAUGAUGGGGAUGAUGGAGGAGAUGUGGAUGAUUGGGGUGAUGGGGAUGAUGGAGAUGAUGGAGAUGAUGGAGAUGAUGGAGAUGAUUGGGAUGAUGGGGAUGAUGGGGGUGAUGGGGGUGAUGUGGAUGAUGGGGAUGAUGGAGAUGAUGGAGAUGAUGGGGGUGAUGGGGAUGAAGGGGCUCAUGAAGAUGAUGGGGAUUAUGGAGAUGAUGGAGAUGAUGGGGAUGAAGGGGGUAAUGGGGGUGAUGGAGAUGAUGGGGAUGACGGGGGUGAUGGGGAUGAUGGGGAUGAUGGAGGAGAUGUGGAUGAUUGGGGUGAUGGGGAUGAUGGAGGUGAUGGAGAUGAUGGGGUGAUGGGGAUGAUGGGGGUGAUGUGGAUGAUGGAGAUGAUGGAGAUGAUGGAGAUGAUGGAGAUGAUUGGGAUGAUGGGGAUGAUGGGGGUGAUGGGGGUGAUGGGGAUGAUGGAGAUGAUGGAGAUG